AUGAGUAGGAGACCAUGCUGUGAGAACAUAGUAGAGUUGAAGAAAGGACCAUGGACACCAAACGAAGACAAGAAGCUUAUAGCAUAUAUUACUCAAAAUGGCUAUGAAAACUGGCAUUCUUUGCCUGCUAGAGCAGGUCUUCAAAGAUGUGGAAAGAGUUGUAGAUUAAGGUGGAUUAACUAUCUUAGUCCUUAUAUAAAACGAGGAAACUUUAGUUUGGAGGAAGAUGACACUAUUAUUCAACUGCAUGCUCUUCUUGGAAACAAAUGGUCCACAAUAGCAGCUCUCCUGCCAAGGAGAACAGACAAUGAGAUAAAGAAUCGUUGGAAUACUAACAUCAAGAAAAGACUUAUUAAAAUGGGCAUAGAUCCUGUUACUCACAAACCAAUAUCCAACAACAAGGAAAAGGAUGAUAUUGCUACAAAACACAUGGCUCAAUGGGAGAGUGUUAGAUUGGAAGCUGAAGCAAGAUCAUCGUCAAUGUUAGGUAAAACUCAAAUUGAAUCUUUGCCAUGUUCAUCAAGCUCAUCAAAUGUGUUAAUAACCAAACACAACAAUGCAGUGUAUAGCAAUAUGUGUGCCACUAUGCUUGAAAAUGAUGAUGACCCUUUUUCUCCAACAUCCAUAUCGAGUUUUCCUAGUAGGGACCUUGUUACUCCUACAAAUGAUUUGAAUAAUAGUAGUAUUAUGGAAACUAAUGACCAGUGGAUCAUGAAUGGCUAUGGCUUUAACUUGCAAGAUGAUGAUGACAUAAUGGUUGCAUUGGAAGCAUUUAGAGAUGGAAAUGGAAAAUACAACUAG